AUGCUGCUUGACCUGCUGUGUUCAUCCAGCUCCACACUUUGUUAUCUUGGAUUCUCCAGCAUCUGCAGUUCCCAUCAUCACCUGUUGUACCUGUCUCCAGCUACUGCCUGCGGUUGCGAGGGUGUGACCAGGUUUGCCGGCGCCGAGCCUAUCAGCGGGCGCCUUACACAGCAGCCCGGCGGGGCUGAUUGGCCGGGCCUUCCAGCCAAUGGCGGCGGCCGGUGCGGUGCUGGCUCGGUGAUCGCGGACGGAGAACGGAAGAUGGGCGGUGUGAGGCUGGAGAUAUUCCGGAUGUGCCUUUAUCUGUCAUUCCCAGUGUCGGUGUUUUGGAUCUCCAAUCAAGCAGAGUACUUCGAGGAAUAUGUGAUCAAAAGAAAGAGAGAGAUCUUUCCACCAGAAGAGAAGAUGCGUCGGAAAGAGCUCGAAGACUUCAAGGAACGAAUGAGGGAAAAACGGGAACAAAAACUACUGCGUACACUAGAAAGCCAAAAAUCACAAGAACAGUAAAACAGAGUCAAUAUUGCACAAGCUGCCUCCAACUUUCACCAGAUCUUCAUGUAAUUCAAGUGUUGGAAUUUUCCAUGACUGUUUUUCUCUCUUCUCUGAGAAUCUUCAUCAGCUAUUGAUUAUUACAUAAACGCCAAUCUGUAUGCAAAUCUUAAGUUAUUUUUUUACAAAAUAAAAAUAGUACAGACAGAAAAAUGUUUGUUUGCUGAAUCUUUGCACAUAAUUUGCAUGUCAUAAAGCUGCUUUGGUUUUGACCACUGCAUCCCUCUGAAGUCUGCAUCAGUAUAUUAGACUCAGCGGUGUGCUGACUAAGGUAAUUGUACUGUUACGGCUUGAGCAAUUUGCUUGUGGUAACCAGACAUUAUUUGAGCUGGACAAGCAUAAUUCGAUGGGCAGAAGUCCUUAGUUAGUCCAGCAUCCUUUACAGAGCUCUGCCUCUAGUGGUUGUCUGUAUUCGUCCGCUUUAAUAGCUUAAUAUUGAUCCACCAUUUACCUGGUGCUUCAGUGAUCUCAAUUCGAGGCUAUUGCUUUCUAUCCCACGUACUUCACAUAAUCCAGAAUUGUUUUGUUUCAAUGAGAGCAAUAAACCUUGUAGCAUUUGCUAGUA